AUGUUAACAGACUCUCUCAAGAUCAAGAUCAAGUCACUUCCCAAAUUGACGAAUCCGAGUGUGAGGUUCAGCUGCGGAGGAAACGCCAUUGGCGUAUGCAUAUCGCAUAGAGUUGCCGAUUUCACGUCCUUGAUCACGUUCAUAAAUUCAUGGGCGGCCCUGAACCGGGUUGACAGUACCUGCCCGAAAUCAUCAACUCUGGUACCCGAUUUCGAUGCAGGGAGGAACCUUUUUCCUGCACCUGAGAUUCCUAUCUGCCCCCCUCAGAUUGAUGUGCAAGGGAAAGGAAAGUACGUGUAUAAGAAACUUGUGUUCAGCAAGGAAAAGAUAUCAGAAUUGAAACAACUUGCAAUUGCUGCUUCCUCCUCCUCAUCAUCAUCAUCAUCAUCGGUGUUGAAGGAUCCCACACGGGUAGAAGUCAUUUCUGCUUUCAUCUGGAACCACUUGAUCAAUGUGGCACGAGCUAAGGAUCAAGCUGUUGGCGGUAAUGAUGACAAAACAAUGUUCAGGAUCUGGAAUUCUGUGAACGUGAGAACAAGAAUCAGUAGCUUGAAUUCUUCUUCUUCUAAUGACUUCCCUUUUGGCAACUUUUCAAUUGUCGCGAUCGCUUCCUUCACUCCUCCCGAUGAGAUUACUGUGGGAAACCCCGAUUGCUACCGUGAUCUAGUUCAACUCACCGGUGAUUCAAUGCGGAAAGUCGAUGAGGAUUACAUUUUCAACUGUGCCCGUCCUUUUAUGAAAAUCUUGGCCUCAGGUUCGGCUGAACUGGAGGUGGAUAUGCAGAAACCAACCAUGAAGAUAAGUGAUAGGGUUAUCACCAGUUGGUGCAGAUUUCCGAUAUAUGAAGUGGAUUUUGGUUGGGGCAAACCUGUUUCGGUUGGCCCGGCGUCCAGUAAGGCACCUGCACCUGGGGUUCUGUUAUUUGGCACAAGAUGCGAUGACGGAAUUGAAGCAGUACUUACCGUGUUAGAAGAUGAAUUGUCUUUACUUCCGGAGAAGUUUCUUUCACUUGCAACAAUUAACUUCUUUUGA